CGGCGGGUAGCCCGCCGAGACCGUAAAGGUGUGGCUGCUGAUCGCGGGACAAGUCUGAGUCAAGAGUGUCGAGAGGCGAGAGCGGAGGCAUCUUGGGCAGCAGGGCAGGGGACAAGGCUCCGACGAGUCAUGACUCAAAUCACUCGCAAGUCACGACCCAAAAGUCGCGAUUGCCGAUCCUGUCUUUGCACAACCAUCGCAUGUUUUAGCACCGAUUCAUGUCGCUGACCAAAUAUCUAGACAUAAGCGACCGGCGCAUUGCGACAGUCAUCCAUCUCUCGGAGACGUCCGCUCGCCAUCCCGACCGGACACCUGCUCACCACCAUCACAACACACACCGGGUAAGGAAGGUUUGACGCCAAGAGUCUGCACUCCGCAUCCUCGCCACGAGGUCACAGAUCGCCGCGGAGGCGUUCCGUAAGCGCACAAGAUGGACCCUCGCUUAGUAGUGGGUCGCAGAUCCCACGAUCUGCUGCCAUCGGAUCGCAUCUUGAACGCAUCGGACGUCAGCAGCUCUCUGGUCGAAGCUUUCAGGUUGAGCAUCACCGAAGCAGAGAGCUAUUUGAGCCUCUACGAAGCUAGAGUCAAGCUGGAGGAGGAUUACACGAGGGGCCUCAGAUCUCUUGUGGAGAAGCAGAGGGAGAAUGAUGUCCGCAUUGAAUCCCGCAUCAAUGUAACAGCGGGCGCUUUGCCUGGGACGUCAGACCUUCCCGGUGCUCGCAGGGCGUGGAGGGAGCUGCGUGAGAACGACUUGAGAGAGAUUGACGUGCGUCUAAGUCAUAUUGAAACACUCAAGCAAGGCGUGAUUGUUCCUUUGCAUCAUUAUCGCGACUCUCAAGAGCGGAUCAGGAAGAGAGUGAAGGAGGAUCUCAAGACGAGCUGCGGCCGGUAUGAGGAGAUGCGCAAUGUGACGCUUCCCAGGGCGAAGCGCUCGUACGAGAAGAAGAGUGAAGAGGUGGAGCAGAUUAGGCUGCAGCAGCAAGCGGUAGAAGACCAAAAGAUGUUGUUGGCAUCAUCCGGCAUGUCUCGAGAUUUCUCCGCAUCCUCCACCCAGCCCGGCUCCGAGGGAUACGAAGACUUAGCGUAUGGCUCUUCCCCUCCUACCAGCGAUGGGAGCGGAGCCGCGAUGAGAAGCAGUCCACGCCGAACUAAGUCUACUAAGGACAAAGCGAGAGGUCAUGCGCGGUUGCCUAGCAGUGGCAGCGGGGCCGUGUCGGAUCGAGAGGAACACCUAUCCAGUACUGAAGAGGCGGCGAUUCGGGCUGCCGCCGGCGCUGGCGGAGUGGGAUUCUCUCCGCCCAGCAAUACUGGCAAGCCAAACUUCUUGGACGCACUUCGGACGAAGGAAGGCUGGGAAGCAGCUCGCAAAGAAGCGCCAAAGAAGUUUGGCGCGUUUAUCAGCAGGAUGAGAGAAGGCGCGGAGAGGGGCGUAGGUGGUAGUCCAGAAAUAGGAAGUCCCGCAGGCGGUGCUGAAGGCCUUGGUGGAGCUUCUGGUACGAUCAAGAGCGCUCAAAACAUGGCGCUGAAGAAUGUGAAGGCGAAGCGAGAAGCAGAAGAGGCCGACAAGAUAUACCGGAAAGCCAUCUUCGAUCUAGAGACCCUUCGCUUGAGGCGCGAGAAAACGGUGGCAGCAGCCACAAGGUCUGCCAUAGAGUGCAGAAAAGAGCUUUACAACACUUCGCAAAUUGUCUGGCUCCAGAGCGAAAGGGCUGGACUGACGCUACACUCCACAGCCGUCAACCUGCAUCAUUUGGCAGAGGAUAUUGUGGCACAUGCCAAUGACCAUUUGGACCAGGAAAUCACGAGGUUCGAGCAGCGCUUGCCUGGCCUGGACUUACUUGAUGAAGGGCCCAUAGCGUAUCACAACUACUUCCACGGCGAAUGCAAGGAUCUCAUAUUCGGUACUUCGUUGAUUGACUACGCUUUUUCUCGAGCACAACAUUCGGCACCGGUUCUUGGCCCAGCGCGUGUGGAGCCUCCGCUAGUCGUCACCAAGUGCAUCGAUUUUGUAGAGGCGCACGCACUUGAGCAGCCAGGCAUCUACCGAACGAGCGCCAAGCAUACAACUGUGCAGAAUUUGGCCCAUGCCGUCGAGAAGGAUGAAGAAAGGUUUCAAUUCGGGCCAGACACUGAACCAAGCGCAGUGGCGGGGCUUUUGAAGCUGUAUCUCAGACAGCUACCUGAGCCUGUUAUGCCCAUGCCUUGGGAAGAACGUGUCCGGCAUACUCACGAGAGGCAGCAAGCUGUCGGUAAUGGCUUUGCGUCUCUGAAAGGUCGCAUCAGACGAUUGCCCCCUAUCAACCAAGCUGUCUUGAAGGCUAUCACACUGCAUCUCGCCAAGGUCGCUGACCGCUCGGAUGUCAACAAGAUGAAUGCGUCCAACCUCUCCGUCGUCUUUGGACCUGUCUUAUUGUCCGAAGCCGAUCAUGAGACCACUUCUUUAGCGGCCGCCAUGGAGGAAGAUCGCGUGAUGGAAGACAUGAUUAUUUGGUCCAAAGAGAUCUUCGAUUUGACCACUGCUGGAGCUCCACUGUUGCCGCACGUCCCCAUCACCACCGGACUGCCACUCGAUGUGCCAGAGAACAAUCCCCUGGCAACCGAGGUGGAGCCCGUAUCGAGCUCGGCAGAUGCGCCUCUCGUUCUGGGCAGUUCUGCUGGGCUGAAGCGCAGCAACGCUAUCACACCCAACGCUCUUUCCCCUACACUGCCGUCGCAUCAACAGACUGCCGUACCGCUGUCACCUCCCAUCAACGAUGCAGCUUCCAGCGCCGAACCAGGCUCACUUGGCUUUGACCGGCCGCCGCUGCCACCUAGGCCUUCUGAUCUUCUCUCUGCUUCUGGCUUGAGCGAGCACGACCGGUCCGCUUCCUUGCCGAUGAAGCCUGCUGCUGCUCGUGGCGAAGCUCAGGCUGAACUGCAACCACAUCCAAGCCAUGCUGCGCUGGCGCCUCUGAACACUAGCCUUCAUCCUCGCGCCGCUACAACACCAGGCGCUGGUGGCGAGGAAUGGACCGUGUCAGACGCGUCCGCCGAAGCGCAUGGCGCAGACGGAUCAGAAGAGCAUGUCGCAAAUGCCUCUCCUAUGAACGUGAAUCUUGAUGUCACCCCCGGCGAAGUGGAAAAGGCGAGGACGCCUAGGGGUUGGAGCAGAGAAGCUGAUUCGAUAUCUGUUCCGGACGAGGUGCCAGCCCCACCUCCCCGCGGAGCUGACGGUCAACCGCUGCUCGGGCGCAGAAGAGAUCACCCGGAAGGCGCCUCUUACAGCGGACAAUCUGGCACGACGAACGACGAAUCCCUUCUCACGCCUCAAAGCGCUUUGCCCUCGGGGCGAGUCAGCUCGGAUGGCCCAGCUUCUGCCAUUUCGUCGUCUGCUGCCUCCGCGGGACACGCACUUUCGUGAUGGAAAGCUGCUAGCACCCUGUUUACACUUGAGCCCUUUUGACGGCGUGAUUCGCGCAGUGCGGAUAUCCAGGCCAAUGUCUGCCCUCCAUUUCUUCUUGUACUUACUUCUUGAGUUCACGAGCGCGCGGUACAUAAAGGGGCAUCUUACCUGCAUGUGCGGCGAGUGCUUCGUCAAUUGAUCUCCAUCUGGUUGCAAGGU